GUAGUUUCGUCGCCGGUGGCACGUUGGAUCACGUGGAUCACGAAUCCAGUGAUGCCGGUCGAGUCCUAACCAUCCACGGCCUUCGUUGACGCUUGGCACGACCCGGUUUCGCACGGACUCUCGAAGCAGGUGGCGACCAUCCGGCGCGAUGACCCCUCCUCUGUUUGUCAUGACUCAUUUCGUCUUGAACAUAGGAAUCAGAAUGCGAGUCGAAUAAAUGCGUUCCUCAGCAACAAAAUAAUACAACAUCUUCUCUCUUGUGCUUUUGCUCGACAUGUCUCUCCAAGUGCCUAAGCUAUUCCAACCGAUCGUGGUCGGCGACAUGCAGCUCAAGCAUCGCGUCGUGAUGGCCCCUUUGACCCGCUACCGCUCGGACAAAGAACGGAUUCCUCUCCCGAUCGUCAAGGAGUACUACGUCCAGCGUGCAUCGCAGCCAGGGACCUUGGUGAUCUCUGAGGCGAUUUUCAUCGACGAACGCGCCAGCGGCUACCGCAACGUUCCUGGCAUGUGGUCUGAGGCCCACAUCGCGGCAUGGAAGGAGAUCGUCGCCGCCGUGCACGCGCAAGGCUCAUUUAUUUACCUGCAACUGUGGGCACACGGUCGAGCAGCCCUCCCGGACACCCUGGGGGAUAACCCGUAUGUGUCGGCAUCCGAUAUUCCGCUCAGCGAUCGGCCCGCGGACGAAAUCAAACCUCGUCCGCUCUCGACGACCGAGAUCGCCGAGUACGUCGAGCUGUACGCGCGAGCGGCCUCCAACGCUGUGCACAAGGCUGGCUUCGACGGGGUCGAGGUGCAUGGCGCGAACGGGUACCUGAUCGACCAGUUUACGCAGGAUGUAAGUAACGUGCGGUCGGAUGAAUACGGAGGGAGCAUCGAGAAUCGGGCUCGGUUCGCGCUGGAGGUCAUCGAUGCGGUUGUAGCCGCUGUCGGGCCCAAGAAAACGGGCUUCCGAAUCAGUCCCUGGCACGAUUACCAAGGUGAUCCUCCCCGGCAUGAACAGACUUCGAUACUGACCGGGAGCAUAGACAUGCGCAUGAAGGACCCCAAACCCACCUUCUCGUACCUUCUCGAGCAGAUCAAAGCGCGGCAUCCCGACCUAGCAUUCAUCCACGCCGUCGAGCCGCGAUCCGGGGGACGGGAAGUUCUCGCAGACGAGGACAUUCCAGAGUAUAUGAACAACGACUUCAUCCGCGACAUCUGGGAGUCUUCUGGCAAGAGACGACUCAUCUCCGCUGGUGGAUAUACUCGCGAAUCAGCCAUCCGGGACGGUGAGAAAGGCGAACUGGUGGCCUUCGGAAGACUUUACAUCUCGAAUCCUGACUUGGUCUCCCGCUUGCUCCAUGACUACCCUCUGAACCCGUACGACCGGAACACUUUCUACGCCGAGGGCGUCUCUGAUCCGAGAGGCUACACGGACUAUCCGUUCUACACUUCCGAGUCACAGGUUGUGGGCUCUGGUUAGACUGGGUUCGUCACAUCAGACACAUCAAGCUUCCUGAAAUUCUCCACGAAAUGUCCGCAGAAAACCAGAUUCCAUCCUCGUACAGAAAUCGCGUAGCUAGCAAAUUUCCCAUAAGAAUAGAGUGAUCUUUGCUGCUGCUUCCUCGCUGCGAAAAUCGUGGUUCCUUCCAUUUUCUGGUAAGCGAUCUGCACCUUGUGGUGGUUUAUGUAAAUGACACCACGGCCAAAUCUGCACUCGACAACAACUUUUUCGGUCUCGUCUUACUUCACACGCCUGAA